GGUGCACAGGGGCAGGGCACAUAAUCAGCCCACAGCACCACAGCGUACAGGAAGUAUGUCUGCAUGUGAAAAAACGACGACAGCAGGCAGUCAGUGCUGCAAAAUGAUGCUGCUGUGCAGGUCCAUACUGUUUCUCUGUCUUUCUGCCAAUGCAGAGAACAUACUAUUCAGAGGGUCUGGUGAAAAUGUCACCUUGGAGUGUUCCUACGCAGGGUGUCCCAGCAGCAUUGAAGGGUAUCCUGGGAUGUACCUGUAUAAAGACUUAGUGAAACUGGAGGAGGUUUACUAUUGGUCAGAAAGAAUCAUACUGCGAGAGGGAUACAAUGGCAGGAUUGAGGAAAAAGGACUUCUGAAGAACCACUCCAUCAUCAUCAGCAACCUGACCGUGGAUGACACCGGUCUCUAUAAGUGUGUGUAUACGAAACUUCGCAGCAAGGACAUCACAUGUAAUGUCUACAUACUUGCUGUAACAGUUAAUGACAGAGUUAAUUGUGCUCCUGCUUAUGAGAAUAAAACAGAGGAAAAUCCCCAACUACAUAAAACAACGCAACCGCAUCAAAGCCCACCUCUGGUGUUAGUCAUCAUUGUGACUGGCAUCAUCUGCACGCUGGUAACAGCGAUCUUCACCCUGCUGAUCCUCCCGAAGGUGAGAAAAUGGACUAGUGGCAGAAAAACGAGGGUCUCGGCAGUCCCCAGUGAUUUUAUAUAUGAAGUUAUGACCAAGGUCAAACCUCAAGCAGCUCCAGAGGACUCAACGCCAAGCGCGAAUGGCUUUGCUUAGCAUUGCAGAAUAAAUAUUAUUGGCUUGGCUUUUUGUUGCUUUUUCAAAAUUGUUAAUCAACGCACAUGAGAUAAAAUGUAAAAAUGAUUUUUAAAAAAAGUGUCAUUCUUGUGAAAGUGUAGCCUUAUUAAAAUCAUUCUCAGUAGUAUUAAUGCUGAUUAUAAAUAUUCAAAAGUGCCGUGUGAUCAAUGUUUGUUUAUUUGAUUAAAAGGCUCUUUUCUCAAGGAUAAAUCUGA